AUGCAAUCGACAGUUUUGGCACGAUCAUGGGCUUCGACUUUUGGAACGGAACUUUCAGCUUCGGGUGUUUUCAUAACAAAAGUUGAUUUAGUCAAUGAGGCAAAUGCAAAAUUAGCAGAGAGAGAUGAUAGAACGGUUACGGGUGAAAUUACAAAAAAUAUUAAAAACAUGAUGGAUGAAAAAAUCAGUGCGGUUAGGAGAAUAAUGGAUGCGGCAGAAAAUACGGCAAUGUCAUCUCAAAAUGAAAUUUUAGAAAAUUUUCAAUAUUACAAUGCUAAAUGUUUGAUUAUGGACGAUGAUCCCUGCACGAACGAUUCACUCAAAGCGGAUUUACUACCAAAUAGUCAUUUUUGGGAUUUAGAAGUUAAUACUUCGUUUAGUGCGGUACACGUGCCGACAAACGUGUACGACAGAGCAACUGACGUUUUAAAAGCGAUAAGAUGGUCUGAAAAUUUAAACGACAUUUUUAAAAACAACUAUCAAAUCGAUCCUUCUCUAACGUGGCAAUAUUUUGGUAGUUCCACGGGAUUCAUGCGUCAGUUUCCAGCCAUUCAGUGGAAACAAGAUCCGGUGGAUCUUUACGACUGCAGAACACGGUCUUGGUUUAUAGAAGCCGCAACGAGUCCGAAAGACAUUGUUAUUUUGGUAGACGGUUCUGGAUCAAUGACGGGAAUAAGAAAAGAAAUAGCCAGACACGUCGUCAAUAAUAUUUUAGACACUUUGGGAAACAACGAUUUUGUUAAUAUUUUAUCGUUCAACGAAACGACAACGGAAGUCGAACCUUGUUUCAAAGAUAUUUUAGUUCAAGCCAAUUUAGCCAACAUUAGAAAUUUUAAAGAAAAAAUGGAAGAUAUCACGACUUCGAACAUUGCAAAUUUUUCUUUCGCACUCAGUAAAGCCUUUCACCUGUUACAAAAGUAUCGAGAAAAUGGUUCGGAUGAUUAUAGCGGUGCUCAUUGUAAUCAAGCAAUUAUGCUCAUAACCGAUGGCGUCCCAUACAACUUCAAAGAAAUAUUUGCCGAAUUUAAUUGGCCGAAUAUGCCUGUACGAGUUUUCACAUACCUUGUCGGAAGAGAGGUUGCCGACGUACGGGAAAUAAAAUGGAUGGCCUGUGCUAAUCGUGGAUACUACGUACAUCUGAGCACAUUGGCAGAAGUUCGGGAACAGGUUUUGCAAUAUAUUCCGGUCAUGGCACGCCCACUCGUUUUAAAUAGAACUAAUCAUCCGAUUAUAUGGACUCCGGUUUACGCGGAUGUCACGGAUCCUAAAAUGACCGAUUGGCUUUGGCAAGAAAGAGAAUUCGCUGAACAAAAACGUAUAUUUUUAGAAUAUAGAAAACAUAAGAAAAAAAGACGGGAAGAACAAGAUAAAAAAUUCAUAACGAGAUUUAGAAAGGGCAACGUCGAAAAAGAGGGAAUGCAUCCCUAUAAAUUAAUGACGUCUGUAUCAAUGCCAGUAUUUGAUCGCAAAGAAAAUGCAACAAAAGUAGCUAAUUUAUUAGGUGUCGCAGGAACGGAUGUUCCGCUUGCGGAAAUGCAAAAACUCAUGAAUCCAUUUAGAUUAGGCGUCAAUGCUUACGCUUUUAUCGUUACCAAUAACGGAUACAUUUUAUAUCAUCCGGAUCUUCGACCGGUUUUUCAAGGUAUUUUAAAACCAAAUUACAACAGUAUUGACAUGGCGGAAAUAGAAUUGGUCAGCGAUGGUUCCGGACCGAGAGAAUUUAACAAAGAUCUUUUGGACCUGAGACUUGCAAUUAUCAAUCAAAAAGAAAAUGGAAGCGCUUACCUUACUGUCAAGUAUCAUUACGAUGAUAUGAAAAGAGUCGGUCAAUUGCGGAGAAAAUAUUAUUAUUCUCCAAUUGAAAAUUCUCCAUUUACCGUGGUUGUUGCCAUUCCAGCCGAUUAUGGAAAUUAUCGAGUGGAUGGCGAAGUAGAAUUACAUAGGGCUCAUCAAGUUGGUGAAGCCAUAUUAGAAUUAUUCCACGGAAAUAAUUGGAGAAUUCAUCCCGACUGGAUUUAUUGUAAAUAUUGUAAUGAUACGUAUAUACAAUUUGACAGUCCCGAAGAAGAACUUUUUCAUUUUCUCAAUAGAUCUAUUCAUCCAGGAUGGAAAUGGAAAGUUAAACCGAAAUUGUCUUUGGAUGGACAUUUUCUUAAUUCUUCAUCUCAAAAACCCGAAAGGCUGGAUAAAGACUCUUAUUACUGUAAUUACUUACUUAAAUUAUUCACCAUUUUUAAAUUAUAUAAUAAUUUAUUUUUAUUUUUAAAAAGCUUUUGUUUAGUUUCAACGGAAGAGUUUAAAAAAAAAUUUGGGAUAACUGUUGUAUUUUUAGCCACUCGUAGUGGGCUAACGCGUUGGAAAAAUUUUGAAACAUCGGAUAAAAAAGAUCACUUACCUUUCGGUGACAUCUACAAUAAGGCCAUUGAUGAAAUUUGGUAUAAAAGAGCAGUGGAGCAAUACUACAUAAAUAACUCCAGCUUCGUGUAUUCUGUACCAUUUGACGUCGGUUUCAACAAUGAAACAAUGGUAACAGCGAGUAGAGCUAUUUUUGUACAGAAUAAAGCUCCUGCUGCAGUUGUGGGUUACCAAUUCAGGCACAGUGCAAUGUCGACAUUAUUUUUUAACACCGUGUCAUCAUGUCCUUACGCGGAUUGUACGGUUAGCUGCGCUUCAGAUGAUCUUGACUGUUUCGUGUUAGAUAACAAUGGAUACGUAAUAGUAUCUGAAAAUUCUCAACAUACUGGAAGAUUUUUCGGAGAAAUUCAUGGGACGGUUAUGAAUAUGCUAGUGGAAGAAAAUAUUUAUCGCAGAAUAACAUUGUAUGAUUAUCAAGCGGUUUGCUUUCCAGAUUUAAAUUCGGAUAAUUCGGGAAAUACCUUAACCGCUCCUUUAAAAUUGUCCUUGUGGUUUUUCAAAUGGUUAUUUGCAAAAUUACUAUUGAUAAUCAUUGAACUUAGUUCGAUAUAUGCAGAUUACUUAACGUCCUAUUCUUAUUUGUCAGAUGAGAGAGAUAAAGAUUUGCAACAAUGUCAGAGAGAGAUAUACAAUUCAUCCAUGGAUGAAUUUUCAGAAUUCAGGCAUGAAAAAACAGUAGAAAUGGAGUAUAUUAUAAGAAAAACAAGGCCUGAAAGUUGCGACCAACAAACUCAGCUUUACAUGUUGCCACAACCUAAUAAUAAUAACAAUUACAGCAAAGGAGCUAAUGGAAGUCAAAGACCAUUUGUUGCACAGCCAAUUCCAAAUACAAAUUUAAUAUUGGUUAUAGUUAAUUCAUUGUGUCUUAUUAACGACAUGACAUUUUCAAAUGAACCAGAAGAGAUACAAUACAUGCUUAUAGGACAAGAUAUGGACAUUAAUGUGUCUGUUAACUGUCAUAAAAUUCUUUCAAAUAAUUUGCCAAGAAAAAGACCUAAAGACUGUAUUAACAAACAUGAAAAGGAAGGACAAAUAGAGUUAUGUGGCCUUGGUACACGAUUAUCAGAAAAUAAAUAUGUAAUUGCCAUUACCAUUUUCGCCUUAAAAGCAAAAUUGCUUAGAUUUUAA